GCAGUUGGAGUACAACUAACUACAACAACAUCAUCUACAUCACCAAAUAAAACUAACUUGGGUAGUGCCUUUUUUCUUUCUCUCUAUCGAUUCUCGAAACAAACCCUACCCUUUUUUAGUCUUCGAAUUUUUCAUAAUCGUAAUGGGUUCCGAAGGAUCCAGCGUUGUCGUUCCUAGGAAUUUCAGAUUAUUGCAAGAGCUUGAGAGAGGUGAGAAGGGAAUUGGGGAUGGAACUGUUAGCUAUGGAAUGGAUGACGCUGACGACAUAUACAUGCAAUCUUGGACUGGGACUAUCAUUGGGCCCCCUGGUACUGUUCAUGAAGGGCGUAUCCACCAGUUGAAAUUGUUUUGUGGCAAGGAUUAUCCAGACAAUCCUCCAUCUGUUAGAUUUCAAACAAGGAUUAACAUGACAUGUGUCAAUCAAGAAACUGGAGCGGUUGAGCCACAUUUGUUUCCUAUGCUUGCUAAUUGGAAACGUGAGCAUACAAUGGAAGACGUUUUGAUUCAAUUGAAGAGAGAAAUGAUGUCUCCUCAAAAUAGGAAGCUAACUCAGCCUCCUGAAGGCAAUGAAGAAGCCAGGGUUGAUCAAAAGGGCCUGGUGGUGAGAUGUUGUAUUGUGUAAUUCCAUGGAGAAUCCAAGCAUAAUAAUAAUAAUAAUAAUAAUAAUAAUGUAAAUAACUAUAUUCAAUAGAUGAUCCAAGUUCACGGACUUAUGCAUAAUGCAUUUAUAAUGUAAUUAUGGACCACUUCCGUAUGUUACCUGGAGCAAUCCAAGAUAUAGUAGUUACUAUAUGUCUUGUGAAAUUUUUAUUGUACUGAAGCUGUUUUUACAGCGGACUCUAAUUUCGAAUUUUAAGAUCCUUUUUAACUGUGCUUUUGUUUUGACCCAUGUCAUGUGUAUACUUCUGUCUGGAAGACUUAUCAUCAAAUUGUUAACCUUUGCUACCAAAUUUCAAUGGAGAGCUGAA